AUGAAUCAGAGGGGAGUAGCAUCAGCAUCAGCAUCAGCAUCCCCAUCACAUUAUUAAGAUCCACAGUAACGCUGAUUGUCGGACGCGCGCACCCUCGUGAAUAAGGAAAAUAAGGCAAUCUGCGCGUGCCGGCUUGUAUUUUUGCAGUUCUGGAAGCUCCGUCUUUCUUUGAACGUGGCAAGGAACCAUAUCGGGCCCCGGGAGGGGGAUGGUGGUGCUGAACUUCAAAUGGAGACAAGAUGUUGGCAUUUUUUCCCUGCUGUUCUUCGGCCAGCAUUGGCAUUGCUACUAUUUUGUUUUUCAAACGCCAACCUAAUGGAUUCUUCUGAGGAUGGGAGGUGGUGUCGGGACGUGCCGAUGAGAAAAUGCAUUUGGAAAUGAUGUGAAAGCUUCGUCUGUGCUGCUGUGAUGAACAAUAAAAGAGCCUAUAUGAUUGCAACUAAGUCAUGUAAAUAUACCGAAGCAUCCUGGACUGUGACUAUGUGUGGCAGUGAUGCUUAUGUGGUGGUGUUUUUGUGAAAUACCAUUUUGCAUCUUCUUCCUCCUCUUCUCUUAUUCGUGCAUCCAGCUUUUGGAUUGCUGUUAUGAAAAUUCAUCUUCAGACCUGGAACAACGUGAUGAUGGCUAUUUAUUCUAAUACCACGGACAUAUUAUUAUUAAUAUUAUUAUCUGCCGUUCAAUGUAGGCAUUCGUAUUAUGAUAUGGACGUUCAGUGUAUAGGAACAACACACACAAAUGCCUUCAGAGGGAAAUUAACAAGCCAACACGGUGUCCAGAGAUUUUUCUGACCAAUUGCCUUUGGUUUGGACACGUUCCUCUGAGAGUCUGCUGAAUAGAAUAUCAAUAACAGGCCAACGAGGAACGACUAUUGCCUAUCACCAACUAAAACAACAACAACGAGGCCUAUAAUAAUAAUAACAAUUCUAUUUUUCUGUUAAACAAUUAAACAAUUUCACAUCUGGCACACAACAUACACAUGUAGUCAAACAUGUUCAAGAACCGGAUCCGCAUGUUUUUUAACGAACUGAAGGUGCUAGUGUUUAUGCGAUCCGGUUCUAGACGGUCCGACACUGACGAAGACCCAAACAGACGAUCCAACAGCAUGAGAGGGCUCAGUAUGGGCGGCUGCGGGUGGCCGCCCUUUGUCGACUGCUCCGGCCGCAAUGAUGAGGAGGAAUACUACGGCAGAGAGCCCAGGCCCAGGAGCCUGGCGUUCGAGGAGAACCCGAAGUUGCAGGCGGGCCUGGACGCGGUCAGCCUCUCCAGCAGCACGGCCAGCGGCAUGAGGACGCCCCAGUGCCGGAUCUGCUUCCAAGGGCCUGAGCAGGGGGAGCUAUUGAGUCCUUGCCGUUGUGACGGCUCGGUGCGCUGCACUCACCAGCCCUGCCUGAUUCGCUGGAUCAGUGAGAGGGGCUCCUGGAGCUGUGAGCUCUGCUACUUCAAAUACCAAGUCCUGGCCAUCAGCACCAAGAACCCACUGCAGUGGCAGGCUAUUUCCCUGACGGUGAUUGAGAAGGUGCAGAUCGCCGCCAUCAUCCUGGGCUCACUCUUCCUCAUCGCCAGUAUCUCAUGGCUGGUGUGGUCUUCUCUCAGUCCGUCCGCCAAAUGGCAACGGCAGGACCUGCUCUUCCAGAUCUGCUAUGGCAUGUACGGCUUCAUGGACAUCGUGUGCAUAGGCCUUAUAAUCCACGAGGGCUCAUCGGUGUAUAGAAUCUUCAAGCGAUGGCAGGCUGUUAAUCAACAGUGGAAAGUAUUGAACUAUGAGAAGUCAAAAGACUUGGGAGACCCAGCGAGCUCCAGCAGCAAGGCGGGAAAUCGCGGCUCACGCAGUAACCCACAUGGUCUGGCCAGCGGCAGCAGGGGGGGCCAGCGAGUGCGCCGGUUCAGGACUAUCCUCAACCACCACUGUGGAUACACCAUUCUCCACAUCCUCAGCCAACUGCGGCCCAGUGACCCUCGGCUCGGAACCGCCACCAACCGCGAGGUGGUGAUGCGGGUCACGACUGUAUGAGGUUGGACGUAAAGAGGACCAUCUACGUAUUUCAGGCUUCAAGGGCCUUUCCUAAAAAAAGACAGCGUGUUACCGAACAAAGCCAUGUGCUACGGAUAAUUCAGAUAAUGUCCAUGGAUUACGGUCUCGCUAAGACUUUUUAAACAGACAGAAAUGCGUAAUGCACAACGAAUAAUGCAGAAAGGCUAAAGACUUGACAACAUUGCUGGAGUUUCUAUCAGCAAGAUUCUCUCAUAAUCUAGCACACGAUUGCAUUUUUAGUUCGAUUUCCUCGCUGGUGUUGUUUUUUUAAUCAAUACGGUUUUUAAAAUGUUUUGAUUUUCUAAGGGAGAAUGGUACAUGACGUGACACCUAUGUGUGAUGUAUAUGGUGACUCAUAUGGACCUAUUGUUGUAAAUGAUGUUUACGGAUGCUUUUGACGCAGCAAGAAAGCCAACCAUAACCAAACGAUCACAAUAACCAGGGAAACACAAUGCUAAUUGUUGCAUAAUAAAAUAUGAUCAAGGGGGAGGGUGCAAUAAGACAUAAUAAGAUUAUACAGAGAAUGAAAUACAUUAACAUUUAUAAAUAAUUUGAUCUUCUCUGCAAUAAAGAUACCUGUACAUUUUACAGUCAACUUUGCAUGAGGGUAGAGUUUUAUGCCUCCUCGACACAUGGACAUGAUGAAUUUGUUUUAUUCAGAAUGGUGCUCGUUUGAAUAAACACUACUAUUCAUCUGCUGUUUGUGAAUUGCAUCACCACACAAGGGCUUUUGUUUGGAUAAGUGGGUUCCUCUUACACUUUAAAAAAUGCACUAAAAGCAGCGAUAGUAUUAUUUGUUCACUCCUUGGAACAUAAAUUGAUGCAAUGCCUCACAUGCUAGAGCUUCAAUUGGAAUACAAAUAAUGCAUAAGUGACCAUAUUUGAAUUAAUUUUUCUCUUCUUCUAGCAUAAACUGGCUGGCUCACUUGACCACAUUUGGAAAAAUCCAUAUUUCUGGUUUGCCUUUAAAGGAAUAUUUCAGGUUCAAUACAAGUUAAGCUUAACUGAUGGCAUUUGUGGCAUAAUGUUGAUUACAACCAAAAAUUAUUUCGAGUCGUCCCUUCUUUUCUUUAAAAAAAAUUGAAUAAAUCAAGGUUACAGAGAGGAAUUUACAAUGGAAAUGUAUUUUAAAUCCUUCACUGUAAGUGCCACUGUCACCCAGAUUUUUGGCUUGCAUGUUCAAGACCUUAUUCACAGCAGCGCCAUCUUUGAUUUUUGACGGGAAUGACAAAGAGGUACGUACAGUCUCUUCAAUAGGUUGUACUGCUGUUUAAAGAGUUUCUGGAUCGUUCCGCGGACAAAACAUUGAAAAAACAUCUUUUCAAAAAUGUUCAGUAGACAAAAAACUCCAGAGUUGCAGAAGACCAGAUGUGAUAUAGGAGCUUUUUACAGCUUUAUACCCAUGCAACCCUGCGUCUACAUGUGUGGACGUUAUAUUAUGGCUUCGCCAUAUGCAACGCAUAAUUUCAUUUAAUUUAAACCAACUGAUCUCGAACGAUUGAUCGCGAAAUGACACGCUGUUAAACACAAUGACCACAUUUGUGGACUAUAUGCUCGGUUUUAGAUAAAAUAUCCUGUAUUCACUGUAUAUUAUCACAUUGAGAAUUAAUGGAUGCAUCCAGAAACUGGAAAGUGUUGCCUUCAGAGGCUUUAUAUGGAGUUAUUAUGAAAAUAAGGUGCAUUUGAAAGUUGUGCAUUUGUUCUGAGACCAGUGCAGCCAGACAGCACACUGGAGGAGAAGUCAUUUACUAAAUAGGGAGCAAGUGAGCAUCCUAUAGCUCUCUAUGCAGCUAAGUGCAUUCAGUAUAAUCAGUACAUAGAUUCAGAAUUUAUAAUGUAUAAUUUUAUUUUAACAUGGUUGGCAGUGAUUGGAUAAAGAUGGCCAUUACUUUGAAUCAGAAUUAUUUAUGCUCAUUUCUGAUCUUAUGUCUGUAACGUCACAACAACAUGAAUAACCAACACUCCU